GAGGAACUAACGAGCUACAGACUGUUUCUCCCCGGCUCCUUUUAAACGGGGAACCCACCGGAAGUCCCAGUUGCAUUGUGACGAACUUCAGACGCACCGAGAGAUUAUUUACAUCUUCACAGUCUUCUCUAAACUCCUCACAUUUGAUCGACUUCUGCGACUCUCAUCUCGGCGAGAAUGACGGACAGAUACAACAUCCACAGUCAGCUGGAGCAUCUUCAGUCCAAGUACAUCGGCACAGGACACGCCGACACCAGCAAGUGGGAAUGGCUGGUCAACCAGCAUAGAGACUCCUACUGCUCCUACAUGGGACACUUUGACCUGCUCAACUACUUCUCAGUAGCUGAGAACGAGAGCAAAGCCAGGGUCCGCUUCAACCUGAUGGAGAAGAUGCUCCAACCGUGUGGACCACCGGCAGACAAGCCCGACGAUGCCUAGAUCAGGCUGGAGCGAGCUGUGGAUGUUUUUACAGAAUGUUUGCGAACUCCCCUUCAUUGCAUUUUUUUCAAUUUUUAUUUUGGACAUGCAAUUUGGAUUUACCGCUCAACAUAUUCAAUGUUACGCUUUUUUGAUCUUUCUGAUUUUUUUAAAUUGGCCUUUGAAACAGUCAUUACCUGGACACAGGUGUUUGCAUUGUUUGCUUCUAAACCUCGUUUUCUGCCCUGUGACUCAGAGAUUUACAGCAACAGUUAAGUCAAAUUAGAAAGCCUUUGUGAUCCAAACAGUUAUUAGAAAAGCUUAUGGGAAAAUAUGGUGGUAUGUGUUCUUUGGUCGUGUAAUGUGCUCAAUGAUGGAACUGGUUGUUUCAAAUUUCUGUUUUGAUUUGAUUAAAAUUCAUAUGCCACAA